ACGCUAGAUAGGAUUGAGUCAAAUUGUUAGUUACAAUCUAAGACCCCUCGAAAGUGGAUCUAACACUUAACAAAACCAAAUGUGAUCAGAAUAUUAUUUAGAAAAAUUUAAUGAGUUUAAAAUGUUAAGGAAAGUUCUUUCAAGUUCGUGGUAUGUAUUGCUAAUUAUAAUAAUAUUAGCAGAACUUGUUUUAAGUGCACCUCAAGGAUAUGAUUACUACGCGAACCAACAGAGAUACUAUUACGCCCAACAAAGAGCAGCACAAGCCCAACGUAUCCAAGCUCAACGAUUAGCAGCUCAAAAUCGCUACUAUCAUCAGCAGCUAUCAUCUUACAGAACCCCCAGCACAACUACUCGAAGACCGUUUAGGGUAAGUAAGGCUGAUGCAGAGAAUGCCAAAUUCCUUGGUUCAAAAAAUCAAGAAUCUAUUGAAUCGGGGAAGACAUUCAAGAAAAAGGCAAACAAGCUUUUUGGAGGAGGUUAUGGGCCAGGAGGAUAUGGAAACGGAUGUUACUUCCGAAAUGCCAACCAAGAACACAAGUCUGAGGGAAGAGUAUUUUGGGAUUUCAAUGUCUACAAUGUUUACCCUAAUGGAGGUUGUGGUGGAGGUUUCGGCGGAGGAUAUCCUGGUGGACCUGGAGGCUUUGGCGGAGGCUUGGCUGACCCUAUUUACGGUGAUCGACCAGUUCGAGGAUUUUUUCAAAAUUGGCUUGGCCUCUUCCUGCCUGGUGGUGCUUUGAGUGGUGUUAAUCGACCGUAUCAGGGUCCCUCCCAGUCACAAUCGGGUGGUAGUUCUUCAAUUGAUCCUGUCGAUUAUGACUCCAAUUUGGGGGGUACAGGCUCUGGCGCUGAUAGUUCUUCCACAAAUGAUGGUACUAAUAGCGGUGGCGGUGGCAGUGGCAGUGGCGGUGGCCUUGGCGCAGCUGGCGGUAACAAUAAUUUUGGAUCUAAUGGAGGUGGCAUGCCAAAUUUAACACCUGGCCAGAUAGUUGGUGGAGUGGCAAACACAGUUAACAGUGUUAUUCAGACGUUAUCUACUGCUCCUGUGUUUGGUUGAUUAAGCUUAAGUCAAUAAAGAUAUUGACUCUUGUUGUUAAUUAUUUGUAAUUGUGUAUUAUAGAUUUUGUUAUAAAUAAACUAUUAAGAAAUUA